AUGAUCAAAUUCACAGAGUCUGCCGAGGAUUUCACCAGUGAGUCAAACAAAUUAAUCAACUCUGUCAAAUACGUCAAUUAAUCUGCAUUAACACGGGUACAAAAUGUUUUUCUCUUACAAAUACUUCAGGCAUUAUGUAUGUACUCUCAUUAUUUUCGGAUGUCUCUAUUAAUGACGUGAAUCCGAAACGUCUGGCAGAUUAAGCACCCAUCCAAUAAUCAAAUCCCCUAUACUUACCCGAUUCUUGGAACACAUCAUUUUCCUUUUAUCGGGCAGUAGGCUGUUCUGCUUGUUUGCCGAUGAAGAGUCCUCGAGCUUCGCGAAAACCUUACCUGCGUGCAUAUUUAACGUUUUGCCGGAUGGAUCUACAUGCGAACUCGACAACGAAAACCUGGUUGGCGAGAUGCGCAGUAUGUGAUUACAACAAAACAAUCAUCGACGGUGUUCUGAUUGGUUGGUGAGCAGACAAUUUGAGGCAGUGAGUUUAUAAUCGGGCGACGGAGCGUCCGUGGACAGAGGGAGACACAUGAGACAAAACUGUAACCGAGAGUCUGUAUGCUGUUUCGACGCAACGUCGGCCAAGUCUGACGGGCUCGUUUUAAAGACCGUCAUCAGAGGCGGUACAUUCAUUUUCCUGGUGAAUGUUUGAGCCUUCACUACUGUACCAUUACCUUAAUGAAAUACUGUUUAUCCCCUAUUGAAUUUAGACGUGCAUUUACAGACUUCAGAAGUGGGCCUCAAAUGGUCCAGUAUGCUCUUGCUAAAGUAUCUCACACAGCUAUUCCAGGACAACCAUUUUUAUGAAAAAUUUCAAACAAAAAACGCUAGUUUUUAAGCGCUUUUUGAACAUAGUUUCCGUGGUAGAUGACUGAACUGAAUACAUAUCCCCACGUCGUGCGGUCUCAUGAAGGUCCGUUAGCAAGAAUUUUCAUAUUUUCGCAACUGCGCCACAAAGGCUUGCUCAGCACGCUCACGGUUUGUUUUGCAUUCGGGCAUUUCGUCGAGUUCGAUAAGGUAGCUGCCAGUCAAGCAAUGCAUUUCUGUCGCCUCACCUUCUGCAUUACGAAAAAACUUUUUUCAUCAUUGAUUUCGCUGUCUUUGGGAGGUGUUAUUUGCCAAAAAGAAAAAAUCAUAGGCUGUCUUCAAAUUUCUUGAAAACUGAUUGCUUUAGAAAUCCUGCUUGGGCAGUCAGUUUGCUGUAUCGGAAGUGGUGGAUUCCAUACACUUCAGUAGUCUGGGCGGGUAACUUGACCCAAAUGUGAUCAAAUUCGCCGAGACUGCCGAGGAUUUCACCAGUGAGUCAAACAAAUUAAUCAACUCUGUCAAAUACGUCAAUUAAUCUGCAUUAACACGGGUAGACAAUGUUCUUCUCUUACAAAUGCUUCAAGUAUUAUGUACAGUGAGUGUCGGGGUGUAGGGGGUGUCAGCGGUGGGUUCACGUGAUGGUCGUAGUGGUCGCUCACUUGCUUGCAGGUGAGACUACGCCUAGCGUCCAUUUGCUGGCACCCAACUCUCACCUGUGGCUCCACGUAACUGGGCUCUGCUCAGCGGCCACACCCCGGGCAACCGUCUCGACCGGCGGGCUAAACCAGGUGAGGGCGCUGUGCGCUUGUGCCGCGUGCACAGUGUACUGCGGACUCCGCUGGAUGGAUGGUCGGAUGAAACACUGCGCCGGCAUCGUCGAGACGAGGCUCUGCCUGGCACGCCGUUGGAUAACUGCUGCCGGGACGGGUCUCCGCAUCGCCUACGCUGAGACGCGCCCACCCUCGUCGACGGAGACCGCGAACUCACGGCAUAUGCGGUCGUUCUCCACUACGAACAUAAAAGUCGUGGCCCCAUAGUGGGAUCGGUCGCGCGAACCAGGCACAUAGGCAGCCCGAUUCAGGGGCGGCACUACCUGCCCCCAUGAGGGGAAGGGCCUAGAAAAGGUGGCCUAAACAUUGCUGGGUACCACGCCGUCUCCAGGCUAGCCAGGGCCGCAGAAAUCUAAUCAUGCUCGAAACAAUCAAAAUCGAAACAACAACAAUACCAAUAACAGCAGCAACCAUACUCAUUCUCCUCAUCCUACCUCUUCUACCUCUUCCUCUGCCUAUUCUUCUUCCCAUUCUCCUUCGUCACCUUCUUCUCCAUCUCCUUCCCGUCGCCCCACUCGUCGUCACCAGACUGGCAGGGUGAGUCCGCUCACUCUGGCAGCCUGGAAUGUUCGUUCCCUUUUAGACAAUCCGAGGAGCAACCGACCGGAGCGGAGGACGGCGCUAGUGGCACAAGAACUGGCGCGCUACAAGGUGGACAUCGCCGCACUCAGUGAGACCCGAUUCUCCGAACAAGGCCAACUGGAGGAGGUGGGUGCCGGCUACACCUUCUUCUGGAGCGGUCGACCCAGGGCAGAGCGACGGGACGCGGAUGUCGCCUUCGCCAUUCGGAACGACAUCGUGGGAUGA